AUGUCGGCACGUUGGGGGACUUGGAGCCAGUCGGAAGAUGAUGAGAUGAACUUGGGCUGGGAUGUGUCCUUGGGGCCGCUCAGGCUACGCUUACGGGAGGAGCACAGCAGGACCUGGAGCAGAGCCCUGUUGCUGGAGAGGCCUCUGGAUGUUGGGACACAGGUGGCCAGCCAGGCUGCCAGACUGUGGUCAGUCCCUGGUGGCCACCCUUUUGCUGGGCAUCAGCGGCGCCAAGGAGCCGGCUCUCUGGAGUGGCCUCGGUCCCACGCCUUUGCUCUCCCGGCCUGUGGCUUCCUUGCGGGGCUCCCUCACGCCCUGCAGUCACCCCCUUGCAACUCCUGCGCCUCCCUGGUCUGCGCCCUGCUUUCUGUGUGCUCAGCUCACGGGGUCGGGGUCGUGGUGUCUGGCCCAGGCGCCAUGCAGGAGUGGCGCUCCUUCACGCUCAUCGUAGAGGCCUGGGAUUGGGACAACGACACCACUCCAGACGGAAGCUCGGCCAUGUUGCACACCUUCCUGCUCAUGGCUUCAGUGUUGCUCUCCUGUGGGGCCCAAGCCCCAGCCUCCUGUGCCAUCCACCUUGUGGAGGACCUGCUGAUUGAGCGUGUGUCCCACGCUGGCAUGAUCAACCCGGAGGACCGCUGGAAGAGCCUGCACUUCAGUGGCCACGUGGCUCACCUGGAGCUGCAGAUCCGGGUGCGCUGCGACGAGAACUACUACAGUGCCACCUGCAACAAGUUCUGCAGGCCCCGCAAUGACUUCUUCGGCCACUACACCUGUGACCAGUAUGGCAACAAGGCCUGCAUGGACGGCUGGAUGGGCAAGGAGUGCAAGGAAGCCGUGUGUAAACAAGGAUGUAAUUUGCUCCACGGGGGAUGCUCUGUGCCUGGGGAGUGCAGGUGCAGCUACGGCUGGCAGGGCAAGUUCUGUGAUGAGUGUGUCCCGUACCCAGGCUGCCUGCACGGCAGCUGUGUGGAGCCCUGGCACUGUGACUGCGAGACCAACUGGGGCGGCCUGCUCUGCGACAAAGACCUGAACUACUGUGGCAGCCACCACCCCUGUGUCAAUGGGGGGACCUGCAUCAACGCAGAGCCCGACCAGUACCACUGCGCCUGCCCAGAUGGCUACUCCGGCAAGAACUGCGAGCGGGCGGAGCAUGCCUGUGCCUCUAACCCGUGUGCCAACGGGGGCUCUUGUCACGAGGUGCCAUCCGGCUUCGAGUGCCACUGCCCGUCAGGCUGGAGCGGGCCGACCUGCGCGCUUGACAUCGAUGAGUGUGCUUCCAACCCUUGUGCGGCUGGUGGCACCUGCGUGGACCAGGUGGAUGGCUUCGAGUGCAUCUGCCCUGAGCAGUGGGUAGGCGCCACCUGCCAGCUGGACGCCAAUGAGUGCGAAGGGAAGCCGUGCCUUAACGCUUUGUCUUGCAAAAACCUGAUUGGCGGCUAUUACUGUGAUUGCCUCCCGGGCUGGAAGGGCGUCGACUGCCACAUCAACAUCAAUGACUGUCAUGGGCAGUGUCGGCACGGUGGCACCUGCAAGCCCACCCCGCUCCACACCCCGCCUGCCCUGCUGUCGGGGCGAGUCUGCCCGGUGGCCACAGCGACUCCUUUGCCCCUUCUUCUCACAGCCAAGAACAGCAGCUGCCUGCCCAACCCCUGUGAGAAUGGCGGCACCUGUGUGGGCAGCGGCGACUCCUUCUCCUGCAUCUGCCGGGACGGUUGGGAGGGCCGCACCUGCACUCACAACACCAACGACUGCAACCCACUUCCUUGCUACAACGGCGGCAUCUGCGUGGACGGCGUUAACUGGUUCCGCUGCGAGUGUGCGCCCGGCUUUGCCGGUCCCGACUGCCGCAUCAACAUGGAUGAGUGCCAGUCCUCGCCCUGCGCCUACGGGGCCACCUGUGUGGACGAGAUCAACGGGUACCGCUGCAGCUGCCCUCCGGGCCGCACCGGCUCCCGGUGCCAGGAUGUGGUGGAGUUCGGGAGGUCCUGCUGGUCCCGGGGCGUGCCCCUCCUGCACGGAAGCUCCUGGGUGGAAGACUGCAAUAGCUGCCGCUGCCAUGACGGCCAUCGGGAUUGCAGCAAGGUAUGGUGUGGGUGGAAGCCGUGUCUACUGUCCAGCCAGCCUGACGCCCUGAGUGCCCAGUGCCCACCAGGACAGCAGUGUCAGGAGAAGUCCCAGGGCCAGUGCCUGCAGCCCCCCUGUGAGGCCUGGGGGGAAUGCCGGGCCGAGGAGCCUCUGCCACCCAGCACCCUCUGCCUGCCACGCUCCGGGCACCUGGACAACAACUGUGCACGCCUCACACUGCGCUUCAACCGAGACCAAGUGCCCCAGGGCACCACCGUGGGUUCCAUCUGCUCUGGAAUCCGCUCUCUGCCAGCCACGAGAGCCGUGGCCCGAGACCGCCUGCUGCUGCUGCUCUGUGACCAGACCUCCUCGGGAGCCAGUGCUGUGGAGGUGGCUGUGUCCUUCAGCCCUGCGAGGGACCUGCCCGACAGCAGUCUGAUUCAGAGCGCAGCCCAUGCCAUCGUGGCCGCCAUCACCCAGCGGGGGAACAGCUCACUGCUGCUGGCCGUCACUGAGGUCAAGGUGGAGACAGUGGUCAUGGAUGGCUCGUCCACAGGCCUGCUGGUGCCCAUGUUGUGCAGUGUGUUCAGUGUGCUUUGGCUGACCUGUGUGGUCAUCUGUGUGUGGUGGACGCGAAAGCGCAGGAAAGAACGGGAGAGGAGCCGGCUGCCGCGGGAUGAAGGCACCAACAACCAGUGGGCCCCGCUCAACCCCAUCCGCAACCCCAUUGAGCGGCCGGGAGGCAGUGGCCCCAGCGGUGCGCACAAGGAUGUGCUCUUCCAGUGCAAGAACUUCACACCACCGCCACGCAGGGCGGGUGAGGUGCUGCCCGGACCAGGGGCCCACGGGGGCAGCGGGGAGGACGAGGAUGAGGAGCUGGGCCGCGAAGAGGAGGACUCCCCGGAGGCAGAGAAGUUCCUCUCACGUAAAUUCACCAAAGACCCCAGCUGCCCUUCGGGGCGGUCAGCCCGUUGGGUGGCCUCGGGGCCCAAAGUGGACAACCGCGCAGUCAGGAGCACCAAGGAUGUGCAGUAUACCGGCAAGGAGUAGGAGCGCAGCUGCCUGCUGGUCGGGGACCCGGGAGCCCUUGCCAGCCCACACCCGCCGGACCGUAGGAGGCUGAGGCCGUGUGCAUAGUUUCUUUAUUUUGUGUAAAAAAAAAACCCCACCAAAAACAAAAAACAAAUGUUUAUUUUCUACAUUUCUUUAACCUUGUAUAAGUUAUUCAAUAACUGUCAGGCAGAAAACAAUGGAGUAUUCUAGGAUUGUUGCUAUUUUUGUAAAGUUUCUGUGUGUUACACGUGAUGUGGCAGGCGGGUGAAGCGAGUCUGUGUUCUCACCAGAUCGUGUAACGUUUGUUACCAGAGGUUGUGCUGUUUACAGAAUCUUCAUUCUUAUUCCUCACCUGGGUUUCUCUGUGGCUCCAGGCCAAAGAGCCGACGAGACCUGUGGCUAUGUAUGGCCUGUGGAUCUCAGUGGGACCUGUGGCCGAUAAGCGUGGCCUGUGGUGGUUGAUGUGGCCCUCAGUGUGGCCUUGGUUGUUGGUAUGGCCCGUGGCUGUUGGUGGCGCCUGUGGUUAUCAGUGGGGCUGGAGGUCACCCGCAUGGCCUGAGGCUGGCAGGCAGACCUGGACUGCCUGCUCCCAUCCCUCCAACCUGCCGUCCUUGUUCCUCCUGCCCAGAACUCUCCAGAGAUCUCCCAACUGUGCUUCAGAAGUGCCCUUCCUGACUGCUCGGUUUCCCCUCCUGGAACGGCAGUAUUGAAGCUUGUGACAAGUGCCUUCACCCCCGCAGCUGGCCGCGUUUG